AUGCUGGAGACCAUCGCAGUGGCAGACAUUUGGGCGCGGGAGCGGCGCAGAGCAGCGAACAUCAACCAGGAAGGGGAAGACACCUGCGCUAGGUGCGGAGUGGCCAGCGAGACGGAGAAGCACCGCUACUACGCCUGCCCCGCAAACGAGGAGACCGGCUACAGCAACGACACAGAGCUAGUCAAGAAGGCCAAGGACGCGCUCGACCAGCAGCAGGACGAGCACUUCUGGCUCAGAGGGGUCCCACCAGCAGCAUGGGCAGUAAAAGUUGACCCAGAUGAAGAUGUCGAAAAGGCGGCACACAUCUUCUGCACCAGCGCGGCGGCUCAAGCAGCAGUGCAGGAGGGCCACAAAGUCCAGUCCGAUUACGUGUUCACGGACGGCUCAGCGGGGGCUGGUCAGACAGCCAAGGCCCCCAGGCUACGGAGAUGCGGCUGGGCGGUGGUGGCCUUCAGGUACGACCAGGGCGGCCUGCCCCAGGAGGUGGCAGCUUGGUACGGCACGAUAAGGGCGCCGCGCACGGUGCCAAGGGCGGAGCUCACGGCCAUGAGCAAGGCGAUCGGCUACACGAUGGCGGCCUCAGCACGAGGGGUCAAAAUCGCCAGCGCUUGGAAGCGCGCCCUGGGCGCCCUCAAGCAGAUCCAAGACCCAGAGGGCCUCGAUUACAGUAGCACCAAUUUCGACCUCUGGCUCAUGGCCAAGCGGCAGCUCCAGAACAGCACCGACCAUAUCAUGGGCCACCACAUCCCCAGCCACUUGAUCGAGCACCCGACGGAGCUGGAAAGGUGGACAGGGCCAACGUGGUGGGUCAUAGGCAACGAGAUGGCAGACAAGCACGCAGGCUGGGGAGCGGAGCACGGAGCGCUGGGCCCAGCCAUAAUGGCGCAGCAGCAAUUCAGGGACCAGAUCACGGUGUCAGUCCAGAACAGGCUGCUGGGCAUCAGCAUGGCGGUGAUGGUUGAGGAUCCCAAUGAGGUGGCUCGGCGAUUCAAGUCCAAGCGCAAAAGUGUACGAGCCUGGCUAGCAGAGACGGGAGAGUGCCAUGGAAGAGAAAGCAGCCACCUGGACCAGCACGGGAACGUGAGGCUCGAUUUCAAGACAGUGCAGAUCGGCACGCGGGUCGUCCACGACACCCACAAGACGCAGCUCACGCAGGGCUGGCCCUGGUGCGAGAAGUGUGGGGCCACAAGUUACCUUGGGAACCACGCGAGCCGAAUCGUUGCAGGCGUUGCUCGCAAGCUGGCCAAGCCGUGUGUCCCGCCCACCACAGCGGGGCGCAGAGUCAUCAUGGACCUGCAGAAGGGGAGGCUGCCGCGAAGAGCAAAGCAUGACGAGGACCAAGCGACAGCCGCGCCACCGGAGGAGGUCAAGGCUGCGGGAUUCAACCCAAGGGUGAGCAGCGCAGAGGUGAUCGACCUGGGCGGAGGAAGCUCGGAAGCAGAGACACCGCAGCAAGCUCAGCCACCAACGCCAAGGCAUCCCCACCCAGCAGCCCAGGCGAGCUGGCAGCUUGUGGACCACAUGGAGGGCUACGCGGGGCAGUGGAUGAACAUGGUGGACCAGGAUGUGUGGGAGGACAAGGGCGACUGGAUUGAGCACAGUGUCCCGUACUUGCAAGCCGCCACCACAAGAAGUAGGAUGGACGUCCAAGACCAGAAGAAGGCAGCCACGCCAAGGGAGUUCCAGCAGAUCAGUGAAUUCUGCGAGGAUAUCUUGAAGGGCACCCACCAG